AUGUCGCAGCAGGACGAUCGCUCUAGGGGAACACUGAGGCUUCCCCGACACUCCCAUGCGACCUCGUUGGAUACCAAUGCAUCGGGAAUAGCAGAAAGCACUAUCAGCCUCGGACUGUCCAGAUUCCCAGAACCGCCAUCCUCCAUCCCGACUACACCCCUACGUACCAACCCUGAGGGCUACUUCAACUCGCCGAGCAGAUCGACCUUUGAAAGUAAUGCUUUGCCUUGCGUUUCUCCGUUACGCACUACCCCACAUUCCGCAAGGCCGCCCAAUCCCCCUAGCAGUCCCCCUCUAACUUUCUCUCGUUACAAUCACCUCCAUUCAUUAAACCAAUCCUCCGAUGCCCCCGUACCUCCUCAUGUCCCCGAACCCCCUCAGGCGUCCUCCUCUUCCCACAUCCUUGCAGCCUACGACUGGCAUGACGGGGAGUCUGGCAUUGAUGUUGAUGCGACCGAAGAUCGCCUGCUACCGACUUCCUUCAUUACUUCCCUCCUGCAGGAGAACAAGGAGUCACGUAGGGCUAGGCGGAAUUCUUAUGCUGCCAGCGAGGCUUUCAGCGGAAUAUCCGAGAUGACCUACCCUCCAAUUGAAAGACCACCUCACAAUCAACGCUCGCAAGAAUCAAGACCUCCCCCUAGCGCUUAUUCCCAGCAUAAUAAGCUCUUUAACCGCGCAUCUGGCGAUUCGGAGACUCUUCAUUCGACGCAAGGUUAUUCAUCCAGAAAUGGAGUCCGUGCACCUGGUGGUUUUGGUGCAGCGGGCCUACGAAGCGGAUCUAGCGCUAGUCAAGUCUCAUCAACAAUGGAUUCGGAUACAAUUCGUAGCAUGGACAAAGGCUUCCAGCAGAGCAAAUUGGGGACGACCUACGAGUUAGGGGAUGGCCUGGAUUACAAGUCAUACAACACGAACGCUUAUCAGGCCGUCCCUCCAUCGAAUACAGCAGCGCGACUCCGGACGCUGAAGGAGUAUCAACCAACUCAUGAACGUCGAGGUUCCAUACACUCAACUAAGAGUGCCGCCCCCACUUUCAUGUCACGGGUAUCAGGCUUUUCCUUACGGCGCAUCCUGCCGUGGAGAACAGUGAAGCCGCUGCCCCCCGUCCCGAUAAUCCCUGACAUUUCCGUUGCGACCCAGAAUGCACACCGUAGGCAGGAAGAAGCGGCCCCACUACCAGACCUCGUCAACCGAGCUGGUGCUCUUCGAGACCUCCUAGAGAAAGGGCAGCAUCCCCAUCAGAGCAUUUCUUCAUUUUCUGCGUUUCGCGAUUCUACGACAUACGACAGGAUAUCCGAUAGCGGAACACGGAAGUCUGAGUACCCUGGGUCCCGACAAUUGACUAUGACUUCCCAACUGCAGAAGAGCCAAGGGUCAACUAGUCACCGAAUGGCGAGCAACCCGCGAAGACGACGAAUCUGUAUCGUGCUCGUGAUAUUCGUUGUCCUCAUACUGGCGGGUGUGGGUGUUGGGGUCGGGCUUACACUUGGAAAGAAGAAAAGCACUCGACCCAACUGCGAGGGCAAUCUCACUGGAUCCACAUGUGACCUCGAUGCCACAUGUGUCUGUACGUCGUCAACAACCCAGUGUAACGGGGUAGCUCAGAGUGUCCUCAACAUCCUGCCUGUGGUCAAUCAAUUGUUUGGGGCAAACUUUACUGCAGCCUCCACCUAUUCCAAUCUUUGGUUGAUGCAAGGGAGCCCGACGACAACAAACUGUGCCUCGCAAGCUCUUUUGAUCGAUGUCGGCAGCGGCCUGGAUCCAGCCACCUUCCCCAACAGAACGCAGUGGGCCCAGGCGGCGUUGCUUUGGAAUUCUGUUCAGACGCAGGAUACGACAUCAGCUCAGAAGAUGCUGCAAUCCGUUCAGAGCCUCCCAUGGAAAAGCAUCAGUAGUUCCGACGGCCCCGUCGCUGAGCAAGCAUCGUUUGGCAUAAUCGCCUCCGGCUAUACCUAUAAUUUUGCUUCUCAAACUGUGGCGCGACCUCCAGCCUCUUUCAUCACCCUUGGCCAGCCAACGAAUGCCCAGAUAGCUAGGGUUAGUUCCGGUGCACAGUCCACAUUGGACAGAAUGUACACCUUUGCCCAAGCAUCAUCCAUACAACGGUCCGGUGCCCUCAAGAAGUAUUGGACCUCUGUAUUGCUUCAACGCCUCGAAGACCUGCCCACCUUCAAGGCUGUUCUCAGCGUUUCUCCGAUUAUGCUCGCAUUUAAUGCUUCCUCGAGUUCAUUACGCAACCUCUACACAAGUUCGCCAUCAUCGACGUUCCCCCCUCCACUUUCAUGCUUUCCUGGCCUCUCUACGGCUACUCAGCAACAGAUUAAUAUGGUCGAGACCGGCGUUUAUGGUCUUCCGUCUGCCGCAAGCGCCUCUCAAUUCGACCCAGCGUGUUAUCGCAAUCGUCCCAUUUACGGUGUUUUGGAUGUGGCACGCCUCCGGCUACCCUUCCUAGACACCAGGACGGGUGUCCUUAAGCAAGCUGCUGUUCUCACCAGAGAUGCAAGCCCUCGAGUGGUGGUGUAUAGUGGAGAAUUGUUUAGUUCCUCAGUCACCGGAGCAACUACAAUCUCACCCUCUCAGUUGGACCCGCGUCAAUAUGGGACGUUCAGCUUCUUUGAUCAUGUCGUCCUGCAAUACCUUUCAUCAAUUACAGAUGUAAAUGUUGCCAGCGCACUCGUCAAGUUUGUUUUGGAUUCAGCGAGCAAGACACCCGUUCCUCCAGAUUUCUCGUCCAUUCUCUUCCGGUCCCUCCAAUCCCUGCCGAUUCUCGAAGUCGCAGUCUUCGGAGAUGUUGGGCCUCCUGACUUGACGUCAACGGUUUCCCCAUUCACAAAUCCGUCUGGUUCACUGUUCUUCGGGUCCAGCGACGGUAACGCGUUAAGGAACUGGACAAUCGAUUCCGUAAAGGGAUCCAUUGUGUGGACCGAGAAUGCUACUUCGCCGCUUGUGGUACGGGACACCUCCUUGGGCGACAAUACCAUCACACAGACUUGGAAUGCUAUCAACACCGCUAUCACCAACAACAUUCCGAACAUUGGGCUUCCUAACAUCACCUCGACUCUGACAGGUACCCAGGAUUUCUCUCCAUGA